GCAAUUUUGCCUCUUUUGUUAUACGCUGGCUGUAUGAGUGCUAUUCUUCAUCGAACGUUGUGAAAUUACAUAACAUCACAACUCUUGGUAUUUACCGUUCUUUUGUGCGGCAAACGCGCGCUAUAAGUACUAUGGUAACCUACGUGUAGUUUUUGAACAUUUCAAAUUGUAUGUUGGAUUUCUAUGUGAGAGCACCUACGCGAAUCAACAAGUGAGCAGCAUUCUUAUGAGAUAUUGUUUUAGAAUGCUUAUGCUGCACUACAGUAAGCACGGUGAGUGCAUACUCCAAGAAAUUGGUGCAGCAUUUCGUGGCGAACAUCCAGCUGAUUUAUUGCUCAUAUGCAAUGACAGAGAAACGCUACAAGCCCAUCGAUUAGUAUUGGCUGCUGCCAGUCCUCUUAUCAGGACGAUUUUGAAAGAUGUACCAGUGAUCGAAGGCAUUACAACAAUACACUUUCCAGAUAUUGAAGCGGCAUACUUUCGAUCUCUCUUAGACUUCCUAUAUUCAGGACAAACCUGUGUGCCGGCAGCAGAUGUUGAACAUUUGCAUGAUCUCUUAGAUUUAUUACAAAUCAAACCAGGCGUAUGGAGAACUGGUGAUAAAAAUGGCAAAGAAACCAUCGAAGUGUUGACACGAAUAUUCACAGAGAAUAAUCAAAAAUUGGACGCACAUCACACCGAUUUGAAUUGUAAUCAAAAUGAAGAGGAUAUCGACGGAACGGUACAGCAUGAUGACCACCAAACACUUGGAUCGUUACAUCGAUCCAAGAGCCGAGAUUCAUCGCCGUCAGCCCAUCACUUUGUUAAGAUGGAGCAGCUGAACGAGAGUUCAUGUGACGACGAUCGCGAAGACGAUGACGAUUUGAAUGUAGCUGAUGAGGAACAGCCAUACAUAGAGCUACGACGCCAUCGGAGGAAAAAGAUCAGCAACACAAAUAGCGGUGGAAAUGAUGGUGAACAGGAUUCAGGUGACGAGGAGAAGACACAAGAUACGUCCGAUGUCAGCGAACGAAGGCACAGUUCAUCCGAUCCAGUGAAUCUUUCGCUUGGCUGUCGGGAGCGUGAGGAUGAUUCAAAUGAUGGGCAUAUUGAUGUUGAAACAAUAGGAAAUGCUCCCAGUAAGAGCUUAAUACCAGCACGCUUACUCGAACCAAUCCGAUCCAAACGAAAAGUUGUGUAUCACCAUCCCGACACAGAAAUGUUGAAACUGCCGCCAGAUCAUGACCUCAUUCAAAACACCCCCGAGAAUUAUGUUGUAACACCGCACAGAAAACGUCGUCCUGGCUUCCAUAACUCACCGACACAGAAUCCACCAUUCGUACCUUAUAACCAUGGUUACAUUGAAGAUUUAAGAUCACGUAAAGGACCACCGUCAUCAUCAGCCCCACCAUCAUAUUUUCCAGGUGAUCGAAGGCCAUUGUCGCCAACAUCCCCUGCAGAAAUACUCUUCCAUUCGAAUCACCACAACAACAACACUCGACGAAGACCGCCAAGUGCUGACGGUCCAUUACAAAUGCCACCGUCAUUUGUUUACCCAUGGCCACCACACACAGCAGCAUUGGGUGUAACAGCAAUACAAACAUCGAAUUCAUUGAAUAACAAUGCAAUCGGACAUUCCGAAAACUCAAUUGAAAAUCAACAGACGAGCCGAAAUAGUACGUCGAGUACAGGGACUGGCGGUAGCACCGGUAGCACGCAGUCAACGAAUUCAGCACCAGUUCGCGAAUACCGUUGCGAAUAUUGUGGCAAACAGUUUGGUAUGUCGUGGAAUUUGAAGACCCAUCUGCGUGUUCAUACCGGCGAAAAACCAUUUGCAUGUCGUCUGUGCGUUGCGAUGUUCAAACAAAAAGCGCAUUUACUAAAACAUCUGUGCUCGGUUCAUCGCAACAUGAUCAGUACACCGGAGGCGAAUGGUCGAUUCAGUUGCUGCUUUUGUUCGAUGUGGUUUGACACACUCCAAGAGCUUGUUCGACAUUUAUCUGGGCAUCACAACAACAUGUUAUUGAGUAAAAACCUGACGCUGCGAGAUUGAUGAGUUCUGUCACCUCAGAAGGAAAAGAAGAAAAAGAAAGAAAAUGAGCAAAAUAUUUGAUACCACUUACACUUAGGUGAUAUAUGAAAAAUGUUACCUUGUUGAUUGUUUUUUUGAUCAACUAGCUACCAAUUUAUUUUUUUUUAAUUCACAUUUUUUAUGACCAAUUUGCACAUUAACAAUAGCGUAUUGAUAGAAUGAACAUCAAGAAAAAAAAGCUUUUACAUUUAUAUCAUUUUGGAAGAGUGUGCGUAUGCGUGCGUUCGUGCGAGUGUAUCUGUGAGUGUAUAUGUGUGUGUAAUAAAUAACAUAAGGAAGGAAGAAUGAAAAUUUGACGACAAAUGCCACACAAAGAAUAAUAAAAAAAACAGCAGAAGCAAUCUGUGAUGAUAAUUGUUAAAAAAAAUAAGUAAAAUCAAAAAAAAAUACCC